AACGUUUCGCUUGGCUAAGUGCGCGCCUCGCCUCGCCACUGAAACCAGUUAGUAGAAGAAAAUUUUGUUCAGAGGAAACUAAGACCGACGCCGACGUCACGAUGGCUGCGAUUUGAUUAUUUCGAAUGCACAUACUAGUACUUAGAUUAAUAAACGUGAACGCAAUCCGUGGCCCUGCCUGCCGCCGGGUCGCUGACGGCACGGCAGCACCUGCCUGCACCUGUGGCAGAUAAUAUCGGGACCAAUCUUUAGUUAAAUUUUAGUUCCGACUUACGAAUCGGAUAUUCCGUUACGCUAAAAACAAAACUGUACAGAGUGUUAAAAUUUGCUAAAUGCGAAACGAGCUGGCGAAAAGUACAAAGAUUAAAAUUGAAGAAAAGCUAACUAGCCCGCCGAGUAUCGUAUAGUGAUAGUCUAGUGUUGAAUAAACAAGUGAAAAAUAUAAAAUAUAUGUAUACACAAGUAAAAAAUACAAAACGAAAUCCCACUCUUUUGCAACCAUUAAGCAGUGAUUCGCGCGAAAACAAAUACUAAACUGAAUUUGUAUCAAGUACGUUCAAAUUGGCAUCGAAAUUGGAACAACCAAUACACCAAUCAGCAAUCAUGAUGCUAACAACUGAACACAUAAUGCAUGGGCAUCAUCCCCACUCUUCGGUCGGUCAGAGUGCGUUGUUCGGAUGCUCCACUGCGGGUCAUAGUGGUAUUAAUCAGUUAGGCGGCGUCUAUGUAAAUGGCCGUCCACUGCCCGACUCAACGCGUCAAAAGAUAGUCGAGCUGGCUCACUCGGGCGCUCGUCCAUGUGAUAUUUCGAGAAUACUUCAAGUUUCAAAUGGCUGCGUAAGCAAAAUAUUGGGCAGAUACUAUGAAACGGGAUCAAUCAAACCUCGAGCAAUAGGUGGUUCCAAACCACGAGUAGCUACAACGCCGGUCGUACAAAAAAUUGCAGAUUACAAGCGGGAAUGUCCCAGCAUAUUUGCUUGGGAAAUUCGAGAUCGACUACUUUCGGAGCAAGUUUGCAAUAGUGAUAACAUUCCAAGUGUUUCAUCUAUAAAUCGAGUCUUGCGCAAUUUGGCAUCGCAAAAGGAGCAGCAGGCGCAGCAGCAAAACGAGUCUGUCUAUGAAAAGCUCCGCAUGUUCAAUGGACAAACCAGUGGUUGGGCAUGGUAUCCAAGCAACACAACGGCACACUUGGCCCUACCGCCAACACCAACGGCCCUGCCGACGCCAACGAAUUUAUCUGGACAAAUUAACCGGGACGAAGUUCAAAAGCGAGAUAUAUAUCCCGGUGAUGUAUCUCACCCCUCGCACGAGAGUACGUCAGAUGGCAAUUCCGAUCACAAUUCAUCUGGAGACGAGGACUCUCAAAUGCGGCUACGGCUGAAAAGAAAACUUCAGCGCAAUCGAACCUCUUUUACCAAUGAACAAAUUGACAGCCUGGAGAAAGAAUUUGAGCGAACACAUUACCCGGACGUAUUUGCGCGAGAGAGACUUGCUGAAAAAAUUGGUUUGCCAGAGGCACGUAUUCAGAGUCGCCUUGCCUGGAGUCCUUGUAACCUUAGCUUCUGCGAAAUCAUGUAUUACGGCUCCUUCUUUUUGCCACUUCCAGUGUAAACGCACGUUACUGGGCCAUCGGUAGAACCCUAGAAGAAGGCUAAUCUUUUAGCGAGCCCUGUGGCUUGUCCUGCAGAUACAGUAACAGAAGUUACAUGGAUGUAAAAGUGGUCUGAAAUUCUACUGUGUAUUGCAUAUGUACCUUAUUCUGAGCUCUAACGAAUCCCCCAAAACAGUAUCGUAUCAAUACCCACUAAGUUGCGUUGGUGGUGUUGCAGGCAGGCAUUAGAUUAGGCCCCCUGAAAGAAUUUCUUUUCACCGCUCACGGCGCACAUCAGGGUGGUUUUUAAAAGUGCCUUCAGCAUUGUCAUUGCCUUGCCGUCAAGGGGGGACGAUCUGUCAGUCCGUAUGAAACUGAGUUUGCCACGCCUGCCAUCCAACUGUAAAAUGGGGCUGUCCACACUAAAUGAUUAUUCUAAUGACUAGACGCGGAUUCACCAAGGUGUGCUUUUUAACAAAUAUUAAGUUUAUCGUUUUAAGAAAAACAAUUGAUCUAAGACUACUCCUUUAUACAAAAGAUACAAUCGCUUAAAAACAAGUACAUACAUAUAUGCACGAAAUAUCUCAUUUCUAUGAAGCAUUGGAUCAAAAUAUUUUUGUGAUUUUAUUUUAAUUUUCAAAUAAAUAAGUUGGCAUCGGAAAAUGUGUUUUAAAAGAAUGUGAAAUAAUGCUAAAUAGGCGUACACGCUAUACAAUAUAUAUAUAUGUACAUCUGUGCAUAAAUAUACGAAUGACUUGUUCUCCUUCAACUUCUGUUGUCUUUUCUGUGGCUGCAAAGGCAAGAUGCUAUCAAUACACAAUCCUGUGCUUUGCAGCUAUGAUUAAGGGGCCCUUAAGUCGCCCUUUGCUUUCAGCUCGCUGCAACUCUAUCUCUGACACCCUGACACUCAGACAACUAUAUCUCCUGCACAUUGCAGAAAAGUAUCCGAACAGUAAAUUCUACAACCCGUCUGUGUUUGUAGGUAGCUUUGUCUUCUUACAUUCUAGCUCUUAAUGCAAGUAAUUUUUUCGUAUUUUAACUAAACGAGUCAGUACUAAGCGAGGGGAUACAAUCAGACAGAGUCAAAAAUCAACCCAAAACACUACAAUUCACCCUGCGAAUUCCGUUCAUUUGUAAUGGUUUUUUGUCGUCGGGCACAGUCGGAUUGUUUGUGUAAGUGAAUAAAAACAAUUUGACUGUAAAGACACUUGAAACAUCUCUUGUUUUUUGCAUUGAGUAGCCGAUGACGCGGGCACAUUGGAGGACACUGACGAACUUAAGGGGAAACAUGUCGGAUGAAGUGGAAGCGGCAACAAUAACGCAA